AUGGCGACACCAGGUCCCAGACCAUUCGAAAUCUCCACCGACCACUACGAUUUCCCUCGCGACCUCACUGGCUAUGGCCCCAACCCACCACCAGCACCAUGGCCCAAUAAUGCCGCUCUAGCACUGUCCUUCGUCAUCAACUAUGAAGAAGGCGGCGAGAACUGCGUCUUGCACGGCGACCCGACCUCUGAAGCAGCUCUCUGGGAAUCAGCUGCACGCUAUCCACCUCGCCAGCAAGCUCGUGCGGUCAACGUUGAGAGCGAUUACGAGUAUGGUUCGAGGGUAGGUGUUUGGAGGAUCAUGAAGCUUUUCGAGAAGCACGGCUUCAAGUGGACGGUGUAUGCGGUUGGUAUGGCUGCGGAGAAGAAUCCGGAGGUGGUCAAGCGGACUUUGGCUGGUGGUUCGGAGAUUGCGAGUCAUUGCUACAGGUGGGUGAACUACGAGGACUGGGACCCAGUUCGGGAGAAGGAGACGAUUGUGAAGGGAAUCGAGAGUCUGAAGGCGUUGUCCGGGCAAGUACCGAAGGGCUGGUAUUAUGGGAGGCUGAGCAGUCAGAGUCGGGCACUGGUAUGGGAUGUCUAUGAUGAGAUGGGCGAGGAGCUGGUGUGGCAGAGUGACAGCUACAGUGACGACAUCCCAUACUGGGUGGAUGUUCCAAGAGAGCUGGACAUGAUCAAGAAGGGUGAGAGGAAGAAAGAGGAUGCUAAGGGAAUGUUGAUGGUCCCGUACACCUACGAUGUUAAUGACUUCAAGUUUCACACUCCGACGGGCUGGGGUGGUCCUGGCGACUUUUUCCACCAUAUGAAGAAUGCCUUCGAUGUGCUCUACGAAGAAGGUCGAGAAGGCACCCCAAAGAUGAUGACGGUCGGACUUCAUUGCCGGAUCAUCGGAAAGCCAGGUCGGUUCCGGGAGCUGCAGCGAUUCUGUGAGUAUGUGGCGAGCAAAGAAGGGGUCUGGGUAACGACAAGGGAAGAGAUCGCGAAGGUGUGGCGCGAGAAGAGACCAUACAAGAUCGGAGAAUUAUGA